UGUUUAGAAAAAUAAUUAUUUUGCUUUGUUUUUAUAUCACAAUCAUAAAAAAAUUGCAAAAUGACGAAAAGUGCAGCACGAAAUUGCUGAUUUCUUUGUUCAAACUUGCGGACUUGUGACACUUGUCCGUUCAAGAGUCGUGAAAAAGUGCUUUUUACCUAGCAAAAAGGUGUCAAAUGUGUCGUAAUAACGAAGCAAACCGAUUUUUUCUCGCCUUUUUUUUAGUGUAACUGAUAAAAUUGUAUGAAAAAAUGGAUUGACGACCGAUAACGACCUUAUCGCAAAAGAAUUUUCACAAAGUGCUUUAAAAUUAAAAGUUAUGUCAGGGAAUGACGACUCGUUUAAUGGGCCAAAGUCAAGUCAAGCACCACUACCACUAACGAGUGUGUUGAUAAAAAAAUUAUUCCAUUGACCUUUAAUGCCUUGUUGGUCGUGCGCUGCUGCCUCACAAUGGUAAAGUUGGAAAAUGAACUAAAACAACCGAUUAAAGUGCGUGACACGUACAGUCGCGGUAGCAUGCCCGACUAUUCCGAAUGGGUUUCCGUCAAAAAGCAUCCGCUGAUUGCGUGUUUUACGCAUGAAAAUGUCCAUCAAGUGGCUUUAAAUCACCUUCCACGACGUCCUGGCGUCAUUACCUGCCCAAAUUGCUUGAACUCAGUUAAACCUCGGUCACGACGGAGGUUCCUUCCAGCGACCCAUUAUACCGCACUCGCUCUCACGCCUUUUCUGUUAUUUUGGGUUCCAUAUUUACUGCCGUGCUUCCAGGGAAAAAUCCACACCUGUCCAUACUGCAAAACAUGUCUCGGCGUGUCCGGGAUCUGUGAAUCAUCGGAACCGCAGAAAAGUAGCUGGUACAUUAUUCAUGACGAAGCAACGGCGACAACAAGCAGUGAAACUGAUAACGUUAGCUGAUAAUACUCGAAUAGAUAGAUACAGUUACAAUACAAAUCAAAAAUAUUUAAUUACACGAAGAAAAAAAAUCCGUACAAAUUAACGUUUUGUAUUGAGGACGCUCCAAAUGAAACUCAAAAAUAAGGUUUUAAAAAUUUUGAUGUGGAAAAUUUAUU